AUGGUUAAAAGAAGGUUGGCGGGAAGCAGCUUGCAAUUAUCUCCAGCAUAUCGCCGGUGGCCAAAACAUGUCGAUGCUCAUGCUCUAGAACGUAUUGGAGGGUUUGAUAUCAUCUGGACAGACGAUUUGGCAGAGCACUUGGCAUUCGACGAUGACCUGCUAACAGUUUCACUGUACCAUCACGUUGCUACUCCCACGCUAACGUUGCAUAGCGAACAUCUUUCUGCGGAGUUAUUGAAUGAGACACUCUCUAGUCUGGCACUGCUUCUUCCAUGUCGAUCACAGACAGCAAAUUGGUUCAAAAGAUCUGCCAAAGUGGCUUUACAACAUGGUCAUGUUAUUGAUGAGAGCGCGCCGGAGCUACCUAAAUGUUCCCUAGGUUAUAACCUCAAGGACUAUACUCACUGGGGAUAUAGACUGAGCGUUAUUGUCGAAGCAUACGAUAAGACACAACCGAAGGGAGCUUUACAGCUGUGGUACGACAGACGGAGUAAGGUUGAAUGGUUCACUUUCUGGGUCGCAGUGCUUGUCCUUUUACUGACGAUAACUUUCGGUCUCAUACAAUCUGUCACUGGGAUUCUUCAAGUGUAUGUAGCAUACCAUCCGCAUCGAUAGAGAAAUCUCAACUUUGUUUUGGGAUGCUUCGUGAACGAAGAAGUAUAGAGCAAAGAAAAACGUUGACUUACGGCCGUCAUAAACUUGUAAACAACUCCACAAACUUUCCCGGGCCACUAUCGUGAAGAAAGAAGACACAAUCAUCCAAAGAACAAAAUCAAAAACAAUCAACAAAUUGGCAAACGU